AUGAAUUCCUUUUACCAACAACGUGCUAACCAAUUCAACAGUGAAUACAACAGCUACUCUGUGCCGUUAUCUCCAGUUACUUCAAAUGACAACCCACAAGAAUACUGGAUGAAUGAUUUGAUUGCUACUUCUGCUCCAAUUUCUCAAACCACUAGCAAUACUGAUUUAUCUUACAUGCAACAACCUAAUCCUAUUAAUUUCAAUGCUUUAUUUGAAGAAGCUACCGUGUUUAGCGGGACUGAUGAAUUGUCAUCUUCUAAUGAUACCUCAUUAGCUAACAGUCCAGUUACCAACCCAUCUUCAGAUAUCAUUUUACAAAACUUGAAUGCUGCUAAUCUUAAAUUGGAAAAACAAGAUAAAUUCAAUUUGGAUUCUUUGGAAACCGUUUUUGAAACCAAAGAUAUACUAAAAGAAGAACCAAGACUUAAGAAAGAACCAGGUGUCAAGGAAACCAAACCAAAGAGAAGAGCUCCAAGAAAGAAGUUGACUGAAUCUCAAAAGAAAGCUCAUAAUAAAAUCGAAAAGAGAUACAGAAUCAAUAUCAAUGCUAAGAUUGCUGGUAUUCAAAAAAUCAUUCCUUGGGUUGCUUUGGAAAAAACUGCCUUUGAAACCGGUGAAGAAAAUGAAGCUGAACCUGAACCAAAGAACAACACCAAGCUUAAUAAAUCAAUGAUCUUAGAAAAGGCUACUGAAUAUAUUCUUUACUUGCAAAAAAGAGAGAAGGAUUUUGCUGAAGAAAACCAAAAGCUAAAGGAACAAAUCGUUAAAUUAGGAGGUGAAGUACAAAUUUGA